AUGUCUACGCCAAAAGAUACACGCACUGCGCUAAGCGAUAUCACCAACAACCACGUCACAGACAAUGCCAAGCGUAAAAGGGAGGAAAGGAACGCGGCGCAACGAAAACGUCGAGCUGAGAUGUCCAUUGAACAAAGGGAAGAGAUUAAUAGGAAACAACGAGAGUACCGAGCACGGAAAAAGGCUGCAACCCAAAAUAUUACCACUUCCUGUGUUGUGUCUCCAACAGAGCUAACAUCGUCACCCAUAGUAGGUGGUUCAUCCAGUAGGGAUAAGCUACUAAGAAAUAGGGAAAGUUAUAACAAUAUGGAUGCACAAAAGAAGGAGGACUUGCUACAACGGAAUUGGGACUACAAGAUGCAUAGAGCAAUGCCAGGUGAUAAUUUUCCUAGGCUACGCCACAACCAUGUACAAGGUGAAACUAAUGAAGAUGAAUUUGACCGUGAAUUAUUCGAACCUACAAAUAUUGUUGAAGACGGUCCUGAUUAUGAGUCUUAUCGCGUGCUUGUAGAGGGUGCAGCUGCACAUAGUGUGACGGAUGAUCCAUAUGAAUUCAUCUACCAGAACCUACCACAAAAGACAUAG